GAUCUUUCUCCUUUCCCGCUACAACGGCGCGCACACACCAAUCCCAAAGCAAAGCCAAGCAAACCAGACCAACACACGGCGCAAAAUCUUCCGACCUCCUCCUCCUCCUCAGCACCCGCUCCCCCCUUACCCCCCGCCCCGCGCGUAGCCCCGCCCUCCGCCCCAGAUCCGCGGCCAUGGCGUCGCGCAGGCGAAUGCUCCUCAAGGUCAUCAUCCUCGGCGACAGCGGGGUCGGGAAGACGUCGCUGAUGAACCAGUACGUCAACAACAAGUUCAGCAACCAGUACAAGGCCACCAUCGGCGCCGAUUUCCUCACCAAGGAGGUCAAGAUCGACGACCGCCUCUUCACUCUACAGAUAUGGGACACGGCUGGACAGGAACGUUUUCAGAGUCUCGGUGUGGCGUUUUACCGGGGAGCUGACUGUUGUGUUCUUGUAUAUGAUGUCAAUGUUACCAAGUCGUUUGAAAAACUCAACAACUGGCGUGAGGAAUUUCUAAUUCAAGCUAGCCCAUCAGAUCCAGAGAAUUUCCCUUUUGUUUUACUUGGAAACAAGAUUGAUGUUGAUGGUGGUAACAGCAGGACUGUUUCUGAGAAAAAGGCUAAAGCUUGGUGUGCUUCCAAGGGAAACAUCCCUUAUUUUGAGACGUCUGCUAAAGAAGGCUUCAAUGUGGAAGCAGCUUUCGAGUGUAUAGCAAGGAAUGCUAUCAAGAAUGAACCUGAAGAAGAUAUGUAAGUUUACUUCUUGCAGUAGAUGCGUUGUUUACACAAAGGGAUAAUUCUUCUAGAAGAUAAGGAUCCCCCUCAGUUUGGAUUGGCUUGGUGGUGCUCGCUCUUCCCGAGUUUGAUAUAUAUAUUUAGUUUGAAAGCUGCUAUCUUGUAUCGGUUGCUACAUAUGGUUGUCUAGUAUUCGCUCCCUUCUAGCGAGAUGGGAGAAAUUUCAUUCAUAACUUCUGAUUCUUUGUAUGAGCGUUAGAUGGUAUAGAGUUGGCAUUCUUUUUAGUUUUUGCGAGGUUUUGGUUGUCGUGGUGCGUACAUAUCCCAGAAAGAUCAAAUAUAUAUAUUUAUGAAGAUUGUAAAUGGACA